AUGGAGGACAACUGCGGUUCAAGGGAUGAGGAGGACCGUCGGAGCUACGGCUGGACUGGAAGGGGAUCCACCGUGCUUCGCCGCUAUGUCAGAGAGUUUCACAGAUCUUAUACAUUGACAAACAAAUGGGCUUCGUCCACAAAGGGCCCAUUCGGACAAAGGGAGAGAGAUGUUGGUUGCAACAACCUUACAAAGAGGAGCUAA